AUGAAUCUAAGGCUGGAAUUGACUAAGUUACUGAACCUAUGUUUCGUUUUCUCAUCGGCAUACAUGUUCUGGCAAGGGCUCUCUUUAGUCGCUAACACACACUCCCCAAUUGUCGUGGUACUUUCUGGUUCCAUGGAGCCUGCUUUCCAAAGAGGUGAUAUUCUGUUCCUUUGGAACAGAAACCAGGCAUCUAAUGUGGGUGAUAUCGUCGUGUAUGAAGUGGAUGGUAAGCAAAUUCCAAUUGUCCAUAGAGUCUUAAGAGAACAUCACAGUGCAAACUUCGAAAAACAGUAUCUAUUAACUAAAGGUGACAACAAUGCAGCCAAUGAUAUAUCGUUAUAUGCGAACAAGAAGAUCUAUCUAAAUAAACAAAAAGAUAUUGUCGGAACCGUUAAGGGCUACUUCCCACAGUUAGGUUACGUAACCAUCUGGGUGUCAGAGAACAAGUAUGCAAAAUUCGCUCUAUUGGGUUUACUAGCUCUAAGUUCUCUAGUUGGCGGCGAGUAA